AUGGCGACUGUUGAUGCGGUCAAGAAAGCGCUCGAGAGCGUAAUCCUCAAUCCUAAAUAUGCGGAUAUUCUCGCCGUCGUGAAAGCCGCUCGAAAUGGUGCUGUAUAUGGUGCCAAAGUCAGGUUUCCACAUGCGCUAGUUAUGAUAUUCCUGUUCCGAUCAGGAACCGUCCGCGAAAAACUGUCCCUCAUAUUCCGCGCAACGAAAACACACGCUCAGAAUCUAGCGAAAUAUGCUACCAUCUAUAAGUUAACGAUGCUGGCGCUCAAACAUAUGGGAAGUGAACCAGGGAAGGAAGGGUUCUAUGAUACCUUUUUCGCGGGUUUGCUUGGUGGUUAUUUAGUAUUUGGAAGGAGGAGUAAGAGGGGUCACAUCAGUAGUGUCAGUAAACAGAUUGUGAUUUUUGUAUUCGCAAGAGUCUGUCUCUCCCUCGCCGAACUCUCCAUCAAGCCUGCUGUGGGCAUUAUCAAAGACCCUGCCCUCUCCAAACGAAUAGGACACGAUGCGUGGCCUGUCUUUGCAGCUCUGAGCUGGGGAAGCGUCAUGUGGCUGUUCAGAUGGUAUCCGGAUACUGUGCAGAGCGGUCUGAGGAGUAGUAUGGAUUACAUAUAUGUCCAAAGCGAUCACUGGGAUAGCUUGAGGAAUUUUUUGGUGUACAAUAAGUAG